AAUGUUCUGAUGUCCAGGGGGCAAAGAUGAAAACUCCUCCUCUUCAAAACCUCCUCUACCUGUCAAGCAAGUUUUUUUGUUUGCUAAAACCGUGCCGCUGGUUGACGAUCAGCUGAAGGGAAGACAACAUGGCAGGUUCUGCCAAUCAGAAUGUUGAAUUUGUGCGGACGGGCUACGGCAAGAACACCGUGAAGGUGCUGUGCAUCAGGAGACAAGGGGACCAACAUGAUAUCAUCGAGCUCAAGGCAGAUGUGGAGCUCACUCUCAAGUCACGUAAGGAUUAUCUCACUGGAGACAACUCGGACAUCAUCCCUACUGACACGAUCAAAAACACCGUUCAUGCCUUGGCCAAACUGAAGGAGGUGAAGACUAUUGAGCAGUUUUCUUUGGAUCUUUGUCACCAUUUCUUGACUGCUUUCAACCAUGUGUUGAGGGUUAAGAUUUACAUGGAGGAGGCACCAUGGAGAAGGCUGGAAAAGAAUGGAGUUGAACAUGUCCACGCCUUCAUUAACAGCCCGGAAGCCAUCCGCUUCUGCGAUAUCGAACAACAUCUCAAUGGCAUUCCGGUGGUCCACGGUGGACUCAAGGACAUGAAGGUGCUGAAAACCACUCAAUCUGGUUUUGUGGGUUUCCUCCGCGACCGCUUUACCACACUGCAAGAGGCCACGGACAGGUGUUUCUGUACCACCGUCUGUGCUAGGUGGCGCUACAACAAGGUUCAAGAUGUCAACUUUGAUGCUGUAUGGAAAUGUGUCAAAGAUACGAUCAUUGAGAAGUUUGCAGGCCCUUUUGACCAUGGAGAGUUCUCGCCUUCUGUGCAGAAGACCCUUUAUGAUACACAGGUCCUAGUCCUCGCUCGGACUCCUGAGGUGGAGGAAAUUGAGAUCAUCAUGCCCAACAAACAUUACUUCACAAUCGACAUGACAAGAAUGGGCAUUGAGAACAAGGGUGAAACACAGGUUCUUCUUCCUCUUGACAACCCCUCGGGCAACAUCACAGGGACACUGCGUAGGAAGCAAGCCAGGCUGUGAAGACAUAAGCACAAAUACAGAAUAUGCUGGCGACAUCGAUGAUUUAUAGUCUUAGUAACAACCACUAAUAAACGUGUUGUUCUUUGGUGAGAAAAGA